CCUGCAUAGAGGAAUCAAUCCUUGCAUCAUGAAGACCGUAUUAUUGCUAUUGUGUGCGCUCGCUAGUGUUUUCACGAUGGAAAUCCCGCAUCGGCCGCAGCAAAUCAGAAAAACCAUCGAAAAUAAGAACAACGAUAUCACAGACAGAUUCAGAAACGAAGAAACGUUAACGAUACAAACAGUGGAAGCACAUAACGGAAAUAAACAGGCGGUUGGUGAAAAGAAAUUAACGAAACGUGACAUCAUCAGCCAAUAUUGCCCAACAGGCAAAAUUGAAAUCAAUGGCAUGUGUGUGACUCCUGAUGAAAACAUUUAUAUUGAUGAUGAUGAUGAAUUUGAUUCCUCAACAAACUCAAAACUCAAUGUGGGAGAAUCAUUUAACAGACUUAAAAAGGCCAUCGGUGAAAAAGAACUUACAAGAACGAAACGUGAACUGUGUAACUUUUGCCAUUUUAAAGGUUGCCCAUAUGGUUAUAUCAGGAUAAAUUUUAAAUGUUUUCCAGAAGAAGAUGUCAACUCAGAAUUCAUUGAGAAUGAAAUCAAAAACAAUCGUAUACCCGGUUGCCCAGAAGGUAAAUUUAAUUACCAAGACAUAUGUAUUGAAGACGAGUACAUGUAUCAAUUUUGAAAAUUAAUUUUGUUAAUUAAGGUCACAGCAUACUUAUCAACGCGGAAAAGGGUCAACACCGUAUCGCCUUUCGCGCGCUGUCGACCGCGAGGCGAGGCGUUUACGUUACGGUGCCUUUCCGAGUUGAUUAGACAAUUAGUUA